GGCGCUUUCAAAAGCAGCCAGCCUCUCCAGGUCCUGAUCAAUUCCAGAUUCCAGCCCUGACAAACUGCACAAGCUGGACAGGGAAUGCUCCAAAUCACGGGGAAUGAGGAAGGGAGGGAGAGACAGAGAGACAGAGAGAGAGAGAGAGAGAGAGAGAGGAGGGAGUGGGAGAGAGAGUGAGAGAGAAGAGGGCAGAGGAGGAGAGGGACUCACAGUGCAGUCUUCCAGCAGGGGUGUGUGUCCUUGACCCUUCCGAGCUGUUGGACCCGUUCUCUGCUGCGCGUUCUUGGCUCUGCAGGUGACUGAAUCGCGCUAGGUCACCUGGUCACCAUGCUGCACUGGAAGGUGCUGAUCAUUGCUGUCUUCUACUGCAGUAUCUACACGUGUGCCAGUCAGCAACGAAGCAAAGCCCUGUUCCCAGCAGCUGGCAGAGCAAAGAGAGGAGCAAAAACGAUGGUCAACCCCACCUUUCAGAACUCCAUAGAAGACAUCACCUUGCUAUAUGAGAUCAUGCUGGCAGGCCUGCAGAUCGGGGACGAGCACGCGCCCUUCUCUGUACGGGACGAGGAGCUGGCCUCUCUCCGCCGGACCCGCACCCUGGAGGCCAUAUGCGAAGACGUCCUGCCCAAACGCCUGACAGACAUCCGCCGGCUGACCUCCCAACUGUCCCAGCACCGGGGGCCCCUCCAAAAGGGGGACUUCGAGCGAACCGUGCUGACCAUGGUGUACACCGCCAACAAAAUGGCCAACACCAGCGGGCACCAGAAGGACACCUGGGCAGAAUCAUUCGUCAACCUGUACAGGGCCUUAAAGCAAGACCUCAGAGGUCAAUGAGCCGUUAGCAAGACCACCUGUGAUCUGCGAAACUUUUUUAUAAGUUUAUAUUUUAUUAAUUCUUUUGUCAGUGAGAACUGGUGCUGGAGCGAUCAUCCUGGUUUCUAGGGAAUCCCCCCCCCUUCACACGGCUCUCAAGUCAGAAUAAUCGAUUCAGGAAUGAAAUACUGUACACUGUAGGCUCCGAUCACUGCGAGGGAGCUGCGGAUGAUGUCACAGAAAUUUUGAGAUGUUUUCUUUUUUCUCCUUGAAAUCCAAUUCUUUUUUUGUUAUCUUCCCCUUGAAAGUACUAUAUUGAGGUUUUACACUAGAGCGUGUAACGGGGGGGUGGGAUGUUCAGAUCGGCUUGGUGCUACUGACUGUACUGAUUAACACUUGGUUUUCAGGAUUCGACCUCAAUGCGCGCUUUCAAUCAAUAUCCAAUAUUAAUACUACUAAUUCCAAUUAACAAAGCUGUGUAGCUGAUUUGACUCCUUGGGACUUGUCAAAUCUACUUCUUUGAGGUCCACUUUGAUGUGAUAUAAACACAUGAAAGGAUGAUGCACGUGAUUUUGCCCACACAAGAAUGGCUCUGAGCUUUAUCUAUUUACUGUAUGGAAUGAAAACUUCAAAAUGCAGAAAGUGUGAUGACUGAGAUGGAAUCCUGCGCACACGGUCAUAUUGAAAAUUUGAUGAAAAGGUAUACAUUUACACUUGGAUGGAUUGUAGAAAACCCUUAUGGAUUGUAGAAAACCCUUCCUUCAACAACAUCCUUCUAGUAAUACAUUUUUUACAUGGUCAGAUCAUACUUUUUUAUGCUUUGCAAAUAAAUAUUUUAAUAUUGCUGAAUCCUUGAAAAUAAACCAAUAACAUACUACAAUUUUAAUACCAGUGAAAAUGUAGUAUGUAACACCCUUUCCACUUGAGCUGGUCGGAAGUGAAUUAUUCUACUGUGUGUUCACACAUAAAUGACAGGAUGCUUUUUAAAUAUUCCUAAGUCCACCCUUGAUAAAGCAAGCAAUCUCCCCCUGAAAUCAAUGGAGCCUAAACGACAGCAAGCUUACUGAAAGCUCCAUGCACUGCUGUUUUAAGUAAUGUGUAUCUCCAAAUGGUUGCUUACUACUGUUUUACAACAAGGUUGAAAACAAUCCAUUUGCAGGGUGCUCUAGGGUGCAUUACCUUCACAAAUAAUGUAGAACUAAAGGUGACAUGAACCAAAUUUACGAAAGUAUAGAUGCCGGCAGCUUGUUGAAAAUGAUCUCUUAGUUAAAGCAGGAAUGUCCAGGAAUCCCUCUCCAUUUGAAGUGGAGUGAGGAGAAAGGAUUUUAAAAUAUGCAUAUGGUUUAUUUUACUCUACAAAAUCAUUUGUCAUUAGACAUUCUGUACAAAAUCAUUAUAGCUAUACAUUAUGCAUCACAAUGAAAAAUGAAAAAAAUCAAUGUAAAAACAGAUAAUGAAUGAAGAAACCAGGGGAGUGAGGUCUAGUUUUGGCAAAGAGAAAUAGUACAUCAAUAAAAAAAAAAUCUUUACUUAGAAAUAGAUAUCGAAUGAAGAAGCUAUCACUGAAGCAUUCAUUUUCUGAAACCAGUAAAUGAGGUCAGGGGUGUCGAAUAGAGGUUCCUUGUGAUUUGAUAAGGCUGCAUCAUGUGCGGAAUGACUCAUUGGCCCAGUCCCAAUUCACCCCCUAAUCACUCCACCCACACACUAACACUCAAUUUACGCAGAGUAGGCAUCUUGUACAGGGGCUGUCCCAGAACUGAGUGAGCCAAAUUUCAGCGAGGGAUGAUGGCUGUUCCGCCCUCUGACGCUCGCUCAAUAAUAAGGAAAUUAAAGUGCUGGCUUAAAAGUGAGCGCUGACCCAACAGGCAUUGCGUUGCUUAAUGCCGUUGCCAGAGUUGUUAAGGCAUGGCAGAGCUAACCACAUUUAAAAUUUGACUGCUAUGUCUUUUCAAAAUAUAGUUAUCAUUGUCUUCGCAGUAUUGUCUUGCUUGCAAACAAGCGUACACUCAAAUGAUUUCAUCGAUUAAAGUGUACUGAUAACAAA